AUGUUGGUGUCACAUUCCAUAGCACCUCAAGGACAUCAUUCAACCUCUUCUCAUGUCAGUGCACCAUUUGUCUUUGAUAAUACUGCUUUUGGAAAUUGGAUGAUCAAUAAUAAAACAACAACAGCAAAUCCUCAUCAUGAUUCAUUCGAUUUUCAAUUAUCAUCACAAGCAAGUCAAGGAUCAAUUGAGUUUUCGGGACUUAUUAGAAGCGUUGAAUCUCCGUUUUCCACGGAUUCAGAUGAUGGACGCAGCGAUAAAACAUAG